AUGGUAACAACAACCCGCCUGAAACCAGACCAGUCGUACAGGGAGAUGAGCUUCGAAACGGGCGUUUAUCCACCGGACGAGUGUGACGUGUGCCGAUCGGACAAUGGCCAAAUUGACCAGCAGUCCCACGACACCGAGGGUGACUACAUUGCACUCAAGAAGUGGGAGCUCGGUUUCCUGCGGCGAGAAUGCGUCAAUUUGGGGCUGGAAACGUUCUACCUCAAGUACAUGGAGCGUGUCCAGCGCAGCUAUCUGUCCAUCUUCGUGGUGUUGCAGACGUUCGUCAGCAUAUCGCAUGUGAUCGUGAUUGUGACGGGUAAACCGCACCCAACGGCGGCCAUACAUCCCGAUCUCAUCUGCUACCUGUUCGGUAUCCUGAUCGUGUGGAUUUCACUAUUCGCCGCCUUUAAAGAGGGCCUAGUGAAGGCCUACCCCUGGGUUCCAUAUGUGUCCUCCAGCAUUGCGGUCAUCACGAUGAUCAUCACCGAUCUAACGAUUCCGCUCUACCACGCGGUCAUCACCUUCAUCAACCCACCACUACGGCCGUCCUACGCCAGCCACACACUGCUGGCCAUCUACAUUUUCCUCCCACUGAACGAGAACAUCCACGGCAUCAUACUGGGCAGUGCAACAUCAUUCUGCUACCUGAUCGUGAUGACGUUCAUCACCUACCGGUUGGAGGAGGACACGGCACUGAAGGUGAUCACUGAGCUGAUCUACUUCAUCUGUCUCAACCUGUUUGGGUUGUACUUCAGGCUGAUCAAUGAGGUGGCCAUUAGGCGCACGUUUCUCGAUCGACGUGAGCUUGUCGAGGGGAAUUUGCUGUUAAAAUUCGCCCGAAACCAAGAGAAGGAACUACUGCUAAGCAUUCUGCCCGAGCACACCGCGGAGUUGAUGGAGAAGGACAUCCGGGCUAUGAUAGAGAAGAUGCGUAACGAUCAGCACAACGCCAACCAGACGAUCAUCACGCAGAACUUUUUCCGCACGGGCACGCAAUGGCGAUCGAUCAACAAACUGUACGUGCAGAAGCACACCAACGUGACGAUACUGUACGCGGACGUGGUCAACUACACGCACAUGACAACCCAGCUGCCGGUUCGAACGCUCGUCGACGUGCUGCACGAGCUGUUCGUUAAGUUUGACGACGCAUCUAAAGAGUUCAACGUGCUGCGCAUCAAGUUCCUGGGCGAUUGCUACUACUGCGUGUCGGGUGUGCCGGUACGUAACAAGUACCACGCGAAAAGCUGCGUGAACCUUGGCCUGCGCAUGAUCAAGGACAUCCGGGACGUGCGAAUGUCUCGGGAUCUCAACAUCGACAUGCGCAUCGGCAUCCACAGUGGGAGCAUCAUAUCCGGUGUGAUUGGUGCGUGCAAGUGGCAGUACGACAUCUGGUCGAAGGACGUGGUGAUAGCGAACAAAAUGGAGUCGACGGGUGAAGCUGGUAAAGUGCACGUGACGAUGCAAACGCUAGAGCUGCUGGAUGGGGAGUACAUCUUCGAGGAAGGUACGCCUCAAGCGAAGGAGGAUCCCGUCCUGAUCAAGCACAACAUCCAGACGUUCCUGAUCGUACCACAACCGGGGUAUGAUGAUGGUUCGUUUUUCACCAUUCAAGAACCGGGCCCGAGCAGCCGGAUGUCGAGCGGUGUGAAGCGAAAAACGAUCAAGAAAGAGCGCAGUCUCGUGACGCGGAAUUUUAUGCAAAACUCGAUGGAGCAGUUCCGAGAGAUCAUGAAGCUGACGAACGUGGAGAUGGCGUACGAGUUGGAGCGCAUGCCGAUUGGGAGGUUUCAAUUCAACAAGCUCUUUUCGUCCUACAAAAACUACAUCCAAGAGCCCUCGUACGGACAGACUCGAGAACCGGCAAGAGGACCACGCCCGAGUGAAGAAGACACGAACCGGCUGGACAAUAUGUCACCGUUCUUCAUGUGCUUCGAGAACAAACGCUGGGAGGUGUCGUACCUGCAGGAACCCGACCUGAUGCUUAAGUACAGCGUGCUCAUGAGCUUCAUCGUGUUCGUGUGCAUCCUGUUGAUACAGAUCCUGAACGAAGCCUCAGGCGUUUACUUCUGGGUGUUAAACGGCUUCUCGGGAGCGUUGUUGCUCUCGUUUAUACCGAUCACGUGGUUUAAAAAGAUUUGGGACGUCUACACACCGUACUCGAUCGAUGAUCUGCUGCGCGUUCGCAAACCCCAGUCGAGGGUGAUGCGCAUAUUUUACGAUUUCUCGAACGACAUCAUGAGCAACUACAUCAUAAGGACGGUCAUCUACUUGAUCACGAUCGCGCUGCUAGUGGUGUGUUCGCUGAUGUACCUGAUUGAGUGUAACUAUGAUCUGUUGGAGCAAAACGCCGUCAGUGAGCUGGCGACGACGGGUGAUAAUUUGGCUAGUUUGCUCCGAGAUGGAAGAGCUACGGACGAUUCCAUGGAGAAGCAUUUUUGUACGAACCCGUGGUCCGUCACGCAAUGCCUCACGUUGGCGAUCGGGAUGGCUUUCCUGUUUUUAAGGAUUCACUUCCUGCUCAAAGCCGCCGUCGGUCUGUUGAUCUUCUUCUGCUACUGUUGGGCGAUCUUUGACGAGCUGUACUACUUCUUCGAUAGCAGCGCCAGCAUGAACCCAGGACUCGACCCGAAGGUGUCCCAUCUAAUGCUCAUUCUGUUUAUCGUCAUCAUAUUCCACUGGAUCGAUCGACAGUCGGAGUACAUCGCCAGGACGGAUUACAAUUGGAAGCAACAGCUGCUAAAGCAGAAGGAAGAAGCUGAAGUCACGAAGCAAACGAACAAGAUCCUGGUGGAAAACAUCCUACCCACGCACGUGGCCGAGAUCUACAUCAACCGGCAGCUGAAGAACGAGUUCUACAACGAGGAGUACGAAAACGUCGCAGUCAUGUUCGCGACCAUCACGAACAUGGAGGUGAACGCGGACAUCUCGGUGGAGAACGAGAAGAGCGUGCUGAAGGUGCUGAACGAAAUUAUCUGCGAUUUCGACGAGCACUUGCAGUACUUCGACGGGUAUCUGAAGGUGGAGAAGAUCAAAGUCGCCGGUUGGACGUACAUGGCAGCCUGCGGACUCGAUCCAGGACGGUGCGAUUCUUCGUCCUCGCUAAGCGGAUAUCGUUCGGUUUCCGGCAUGACACGUACCUCUCUCAUGACCAAUGGUCGGCGUAGUCUUAACCCACGGACCUCGCUGGAGGUGACGCACAAAACCAGCACGAGCACACGCAGCAAUUCGAGCAGUUGUCGGCACAGCAACAACGUCACGAUCGUGAUGGCCGAGUUUGCGCUUGAGCUGAUGCGCGUGUUGCGGGAUUUUAGUAAUGAAAACUUUAAGCAAACGAGUCCCGGAUUGCUGCGGGUCGGGAUAUCGCACGGUAAGGUGAUGGCUGGUGUUGUGGGUUCUAGCAAGCCGCUGUACGACAUUUGGGGCAAUGCGGUCAAUAUGGCGUCGCGGAUGGACUCGACCGGGCGACCGGGACGCAUUCAGGUGACGAAGGAAAGUGCCGAAGUGCUGGAGAACUACGGCUAUCGGUGUGACUACCGGGGCGAGAUAUUUGUCAAGGGUCGGGGUAGGAUACCCACGUACUUCGUGAAGAUUGGGAAUGAUUUGAAGUUCGUUAAGAAAUCCUGUGCCGCAGGGCAGGGUGGAAGCAGUGCGCCAAUCGAUCACGUGUCAACGAAACUUUAG